CUUGGCUGCUGCUGUUUGCUGCUUCUUUGUGGGGUGGGGCAAAACAUACACACAACGCACAACACACAACACACACCACACAACAACAACAUCACACUCGCCCACCCACCUAUUGGCUGGUUGCCUUGCUUGCUUGUCAAUCAUCAAGGGCUCUCUGCUGUGAUCUCACGCAACACACGACAGGCACAACAUUGUAAACAAGCAAAAGCACACACAAGCACACAAGCACAAACAAACGACAGACAGUAUAAACACACGCCCGUUGACUCCAUCAUUGGCGUCAUUGUUGUCGUGACCGUCGCUAACGGCAUCAGCAUCACCACCGUCAUCACCAGCAUCCCCGCGCCAUGUGUGCGCUCCGAGACCUCCCGCGGCCCGGAGGCCUGUUCCAGCUGAUGGAUAUCGUCGGAACGGGCAACUACGGCCAAGUGUUUCGGGCGAUGCACACAAAGACCAAGGAGCUCGUCGCCGUCAAGAUUAUGGACCUCAUCGAGGAGGAAGAGGAAGACAUCAAGGUGGAGAUUGACAUUCUGAAGAAGUUUGGCACACACAAGAACCUAACCACCUUCUACGGCGUGUUUCUUGCCGAGCCUGACGGCAACACCCUGGAGCGCCAUCCGCAGGAGAAGUUGUGGCUCGUCAUGGAGCUCUGUGACGCGGGGUCUGUCAUCGACCUUGCAGAGAAACUCAAGCCAAAGGCCAUCCCCGAGAACAUCAUCGCGUAUAUCAUCCGAGAAACGACGGAGGCCAUCCGAUUCCUGCACAAGAAUCUCAUCAUCCAUCGCGACAUCAAGGGCCAGAACGUCCUCAUGAACGCACACGGCGAGGUCAAGCUCGUUGACUUUGGCGUGUCCGCCAUGCUCAAGGACAAGAAGGACAAACGCAACUCGUACAUCGGCACGCCAUAUUGGAUGGCCCCCGAAGUCAUUGCUUGCGACGACCAGCGGGAUUCGCUGUACGAUCAGCGGUGCGACGUGUGGGCGCUGGGCAUUUUCGCCAUUGAGCUGGCGGAGUGUGAGCCACCACUCGCCGACCACCACCCCAUGCGCGCAUCCUUCCUCAUCCCGCGUAACCCGCCCCCUACCCUCAAAGAGGAAAAGAAGUGGUCUGAGCAGUACAUUGACUUUGUUGCCAAGUGCCUGGUGAAGGAUUUCGAGAAGCGGCCGACCACAAAGAAGAUUCUCGACCACACGUUCCUCAAGUCUGUGAACGCAAAGCGGCAGCGGGCGGCGCUUGCAGAUCUCAUCGAGAAGGUGCAACGUGGACACAAACGCAAAGACGAGGAUGAGCUGGUCUCCCUCCCUUCACCCGGUCCCGUCGUGUCAGAGAGCCCCGCGAGCUUUGGGUCGAACAUGGACUGGGGCGAGCUGUCACGGCCCGUGUCACAGCUGUCGUCGCGCGCACACACCCCGACACCGCCCGAACCGCUCGAUGUCAACAUGCAGGGGCUCGCUGGCCCAAUCAGGCGCACAUCCCGCGUACCGGUGAGCAAUUCGCGAUCGAGCAACGGCCCGACGAUGCUCGACUCGAUCCUCACGAAAGAGCAGCGUGCACAGCUCCCAGACGCAACCAUUGCGCAGCGCCGACCACGCAAGACAGAUACGGGCUUUGCUGUUCCGGAUGCGUUUGCUCUUCGCGGCACAGACGUCGUCGUGCCAUCCUCCCCCGAGCGCGCCAUGAACCCGCAGAUCCGCAAACUGCACAAGCGAUUCAACUCGGAGAUCCUCUGUGCUGCAUUUUGGGGCGCGAACCUGCUUGUUGGCACGAAGCACGAGCUGUGUCUGCUGGACAGGAGCGGGCCGGGUCGCGUGUUCCCGCUGAUUGGGCGGCGGCGGUUCCAGCAGCUCGCUGUGCUCGAGUCCCUCGGUGUCAUGGUCACCAUCUGUGGCAAGAAGAACAAGUUGCGGACGUACAACCUCAACUACUUCAAGUCUCUGAUCCUGCGGCAGCCAACGAAGAAGCAGACGUUGUAUCAGGACGUGAACAAGCACAUGCACUGCACACACUUCUCUCUUGCACGACACGAUCGAUUGCGCUUCCUUUGCGUGGCGAGUGGCAAGUCCAUCACUAUUUAUUUGUGGGCCCACAAGCCAUACUACAAGUUUAUGGUGUUCAAGGAGUUUGCUGUGCCCCACGAGCCAGUCCUCGUCAACCUCAAGGUCAUUCACGAGGAAGAACUCAAGGUUGUCUUCGCCUCCAAAAUCGGCUUUCAUGCGGUUGACGUGAACACGGGGGCGGUGAUCAACAUGUACGUGCAUCCGAAUCCGAGCAAAGGGAGCAUCACGCCGCACUCCAUCAUGCAGUUGGACCACGACGAGUACAUGCUGCUCUUCGACCGGCGGGGCGUGCGCAUCGACUACUUUGGGGAAAAGGUGGCCGAGGUCUCAUUUGCGUGGGAAUCGUCACCGUCAUCAGCAGUGCUGCUGCAUCCAGACCAGGUGCUUGGCUGGGGCAGCAAGAGCAUAGAGACGCGCGACAUUCGCACGGGCGAGCUCUUGGGAUCAAUGAAGCACAAGCAGGCCGUCAAGCUUCGCUUUUUGUGCGCGCGCGCAAACAAGCUCUUCUUCGCGUCUGUGAAACAAGGCGGCUCAACCCAGAUUUACUUCAUGACCUUCUAAGCACGUGCUAGCGUUAUUCGCUGCAAGCCACGUGCCAUGGUGUACUGCCUGUUUGUGUUCUGUUGUUAACGCUUUGUGUUCGCCUGCUGUUCAUGUGCUCGUGCGUUGGUUGCUGAUUCAUCCAUGCCCGUGUUUUUGCUUCCUUCCUCUUUUUCUUGAAAGAGCGUACGUGACUGCGACGACGACCAGUCGUUUUAAGUGCUCGAAUUCGUGCUCGCUUGUGUGUAUGUGUGUGUGUUUGUCUUUGCAUGUGUUUCCUUUCGUUUUGGAGUGAACCGGUUGCAUUCUUGCACAAGGUGGAUUGAUGUACACAUUGCUUCAUGGUC